GCGAACAAGACGGCGGCCCGCAGGGGUCCUCACCCCCCUCCCUUCCUCCCUUUUAGGUGUCUUCAUAAAAUGCCCGUGGAGAAUCCCCUUUUUUUUCGCCCCGCUCCCAAGAUGGCGUCGAUGCGGGAGAGCGACACUGGCCUGUGGCUGCACAACAAACUGGGUUCUACGGACGAGCUCUGGGCGCCGCCGAGCAUCGCCUCUCUGCUCACGGCUUCGGUGAUCGACAACAUCCGCCUCUGCUUCCAUGGGCUCUCCUCGGCCGUGAAGCUGAAGCUGCUGCUGGGGAUGCUGCACCUGCCCCGCCGGGCGGUGGAUGAGAUGAAAGGGGCACUGACUGAAAUUAUCCAGCUCGCUACCUUGGAUUCAGACCCCUGGGUCUUAAUGGUAGCUGAUAUUUUAAAAUCCUUUCCAGAUACUGGCUCCCUUAACCUUGAUCUUGAAGAACAGAAUCCCAAUGUUCAAGAUAUUUUAGGAGAGCUUAGAGAAAAAGUAAGUGAAUGUGAAACUUCAGCUAUGUUGCCGUUGGAAUGCCAAUACUUAAACAAAAAUGCCUUGACAACACUAGCUGGGCCACUUACUCCCCCAGUGAAACACUUCCAGCUGAAAAGGAAACCUAAAAGUGCCACUCUCAGAGCUGAACUCUUGCAGAAGUCCACAGAAACUGCACAACAGCUCAAGAAGACUGCAGGAGUGCCUUUCCAUGCUAAAGGCAGGGGCCUGGUCAAAAAGAUAGACACAACAACCCCACUCAAAGGAAUACCAAAACAAGCUCCAUUCAGGAGUACUUCAGCACCUAGUGUAUUUAAUCCUUCUGGAAACAGAACUCCUAUUCCUCCUUCAAGAACACCUUUGCGCAAAGAAAGAGGAGUAAAACUUCUAGAUAUAUCUGAGCUGGAUAUGGUAGGUGCUGGCCGUGAAGCAAAGAGAAGAAGGAAGACAUUAGAUACAGAAGUUGUGGAAAAGCAAGCCAAAGAAGAAACAGUAGUAGAAAAUGCUACCCCAGAUUAUGCUGCUGGCCUUGUGUCUACACAGAAACUUGGUGCGCUGAACAAUGAGCCUGCACUACCUUCUACAAGUUAUUUACCUGCUACCCCUAGUGUGGUGCCAUCUUCCUCCUAUAUCCCAAGCUCAGAAACACAGCCAGCUGGCUCUGCACGAGAGGCCUUGCAGACUAAUAGACAAACUGAAGAGCCUGCAGCUCCAAAUGCUACUACAACUCUUCCUGCACAAUUCAAACAAAGAACACCCCUGUACAAUAGUAACUCUAAUCCACCUGCAGCUACACCUACCUCACCUCUAACACCUACCACGCCUCCUGCCAUUUCGCCUGCAGCACAGGCACCGCAAGUGGCUCCCCAAACUCAGCAACAGCCACCCCCGAAAAAAAGCCUCUCUCUCACAAGGGAGCAAAUGUAUGCCGCACAAGAAAUGUUCAAGACUGCAAACAAAGUUACAAGGCCAGAAAAGGCUCUUAUACUUGGAUUCAUGGCAGGAUCAAGAGAGAAUCCUUGCCAAGAGCAAGGUGAUAUCAUCCAAAUUAAACUCAGUGAGCAUACAGAAGACUUACCAAAGGCAGAUGGCACUGGCAGCACCACUAUGUUGGUUGAUACGGUCUUUGAAAUGAACUAUGCCACUGGUGAAUGGACCAGAUUCAAGAAGUACAAACCAAUAACUAAUGUUUCCUAAGGGAUGCAGCAACAGCGGACUUGGACCAAAUCAAGUUUAGAGUCAACCAGCUCAUAGAGUAUGUCAGCUGUACAAAAUGGCAUUCAUGUGUACAUUUCUUAUUACCCUCCAGAGUAGAAGUUGUGGUUCUUCAACCUAACUGGGCUCAGUGAACACAGAAGAAGAUGGUGUCAAACUCAAUUUUUUUUUUUUUAAUCUUGGGAUGGGGCAAGGUGAUCUUGGGGGGGGAAAGUUGUUGGUGUGCUUUUGUUUUUAUACAGUUCAAGAUGCUGGGAAAGGAGAUCACAGCUGAAAGAUUACAGGUGUGAGCAGUUUACUUCUGAGCACCGGAAAAGAAGACUACUGCAGAGUCAUUCAUGGUUUACCAUUAAACGAGGGCACAGAUCUUUAUUGUAAAAACAUUUUUUCUUUGGCUACAUGGGUUCUGUUGUAAGAAUGGACACUUAAAGCACCAUAGGUAGGUGCUUGAUUAUUUUGCAAUUCAGCUGCGGUAUAACUAAAUAUUGCAGGUGGUAGAUGUCCAGUGUCUAAUGGUACCCACUGUAUGUUUAGCUUAUUUAUGCUUGGGUCAUAGGGUGAGAUUGAGGAGCUUUGUUAACUCACUAUAUUGUCAGUGUCCAUGCCCAGCAUGAAUUAACCUGUAUUUGACACUAUUUGAGAUCAAGAAAAAAUUACUAUUGUAACUUCCGGAAGAAAAAAAUCCAGGCUUUUCACUGCCUGUAAGUGAUGGCUGUUUGCCAUGUAAGCCUUAGAGUAGAAGUUGGUCUCUGGCUCUUGCAUAGCACGCCCUUUGAACACCAUAACAUACCUGGGAGGAAUUGAAACUAUUACAUCAAGACCAAUUGCAGCUUAAUUUUAAAAUGGCCCUAGAUAUGGUUCAGUGAUCCAUAUCAAAGAUGUUUGGGAAGAUUUGUUGUCUUGCGGUAGUAUUACUUUGUUUGGUUGAGCAGUCAUAACAUGUUCCAUUGCCAAGCCCUGAUCCAAAAAGUUUUGAAUGAUGUAGCUGUGGCUCUUACCAGUGUAGUUACAUCGGCAUCAUCACUAAUGUGGCCACAAUUACACUGGCAUUUAAGUGUGCCUUCUACUUGUCCCCUUCUAGUAGAAGCAUAUUUUUAUUUUUAUUACUGUGUUCACACCACUGGUAUAAUCUGGCUUUAAUAAUACAAGUAAAUCCUCAGUAAAUGCAAGCUUUAUGUGUGUAGAGACUAGGAAACAUUGGAGACCUCGUUUUAUUAUUUGAAGGGGGCUUGAGUUAAAUGUCUGGUUUCUGCCAGUGCUUGGAUAUGGAGCUGUGCUUGGUUGGGUGUGGUGCUUGGAAGGAGGGAAUAUGAAGACGAGUAGCACAGUGGUUGGUUGGUGCUGAGGAGGUACCUUGGGCUGACUAGAGAUUCAUGUUAAAGUGGAACCCCUAGGACAAAAUGAGUGUUUUCUUUUUUUUCUGAAAAGAAAGCAGACCAAAUCCUGUAAGUACGCUUGCAGACAUAACAAAGACGUUUAGACGAUUGAUUAGUCUUUUUCUAUUUGGAAUUUUUAUUGCAUUUUAUUUUUAGUUUUUCAAACAAAUUAUCCAACAGGAUAGAGCAACUAUAAAUAUUAAGAAAAUCUGUAUUCUACAGUGACCAAAAGUGUGGAUUUAUUGACUUUAUUUAAGCAAAUAUACAGAAUGUUCUAGCCUCUGUAGUGGGCAAGUUAUUUGAUGGUAAUUGCUACCAUUACGGAAUGUUGUGCAUGUAUUAGUGUGAAAGUUACUCACAUUUGACUGUCACACUGGGCGCUCUCCUCCACAUAAUUACCCCAUUUCAGAAGCAGUGUAGAUUGUGAUUCUGGUUGCGAUUUUCCUUUAAACAGUUAGAAACCAGCCUGACAAGUGAGGAUGAGUAGUGGGUUUUGGUUUUUAGGAGUUCAGUAGAAUGCAUUUCCAUGGUUAUAACUUAUUUGAUUAUAGUAUGUUACACAGUAAGGGCUAACAGUAGAAUAUGAAAGCAUUCAACUUUUUAAAAGAAAGGCUUAAAAAGAAAAGUGACAUUCCUUUUCUUGUCUGCAUUCAGAUUUUUAAAGUUUUCUUGUGAUGACUAGUUCUCUGUAAACAUGUACGAUACUGCUGUGUUAACUGUUCCGGCUUGCUAGAUAAGCUGCAAGUACCAAAUAUGUUUUUAAGAAAACUUUUAGAAGAUUGGCUGACUUGAGGGGCACAUACUGUCAUUGUCAAUUGUUGACUCAAGACUCUUUGCAAUUCAGUAGUGAUCGGGAGCUGCUGUGUGGUGGCUCCUUUGGCUUACUUGAGAUUGAUGGGGGUCCCCUUGCUGAACGUUCUUAGUCUGUGGAAGUCUGUUUCAGACUUGUGCUGUCAGAAUGCAGGCAGCUCACCUGUUCCUCUUCAAGAAGCCUUUCCAGAAUGCAGUGGAGUCAUUGGAGCGCAGUAGUGAUUAGGAAGCUUAACCAUACUGCUGCCUAUUUGUAUUUGCUACAUAACAAAGAUCAUCUCCAGGCCUCUUUAUCUGAAGUCAGUCAUAUGCAAUAAAUUGAAAUUUUACAUAAAAGCAUAGUGUAUUUUUAAUUCUGUUAAGUCAUUAGGAUGAGACAAUUGAACACUGAAAAAAAAAAAAAAUCAAUAUUUGAAGUGACUUUAUGACCCUCAAUACCAGAGCAUCACUUCAGCUUGAUCUGUGAAUCUAGAAAGGUUUUUUUAAAUGCCUAAAGAAAGGGAAUUUUUUUUUGCAAUGUUGUUAAAAUUAUACAGUGAGAAGUAAAAAUACAAGAAUGAAAUUGCUGAACCAGUGGCCUGAAAGUAGGGAUAAUGCCAGACAAUUCAGAAAGGGCAAUAGUGACAUUUAAAUUCCAUAUAAUGGAAUUGUUGCAUACAAAAUCUGGCCCUGGAACUUAAUAUUUUUUGUCUUGAAUGUUCAGUCACUUGGGUGUCAGCUGGAUUCUGUUCAGGGAGGCUCCUGAGUGCUGUGAGGUUAAACAAAAAUAUUUGUUGACUCUAGAAUGACUUGCAGAUGUGGUGAGAAACUGACCAGAGUAGUAAUAGUUCAGAGUUUUCUUAAAGCUUUGUUUGUGUCUUUUCCCCUUUAUCCAAGCAUGAAGUUUUAAGAACUAGCAAGCCCUAAAUUCAAAAGUGCAUUACUGCACCCCAACCAGGCAGGACAUUCCAGCUUCUCUUGCCCUUGCUUGUAAAGAAGCACCUGUCUACACAAGCCUAGGCAUGAUUUUAUGAGUGUGGAAUAUUAAAGAAAGAAGCAAUGGAAGUGGCUUGUGGUCCAAACUUUUUAUUCUUAGGGGAGAAAGAACACAUGCAUGCAUAUCCAUGGUUCCUUGAUAUCUUGCCCCACAAAAAAGUGCUAGGUUUCCUUAGGCUCAGUUUUCUUUCAUGAAUGCUGUGAGGACCAGAAAGAAUGAAAUGAGUGUAAUGAAACAGGUGAGGCCAAGGAGGAUGCUGAGCAAGCGUUCGGAUCAUAGGCUUCAUCUUCCUUUUAGAACAUUUUUCCUACUCUACUGAUCUGUAGUUACCUCCAUACAAAACAGUCUAGGCUUAGUAUGGUUAACACUAGUGUUGGGCCAGUAUUUUGUGGUUUAACUUGGGUUUCACUGGUAAGCUUUGCCAUUUAAUCUUUGCAUUAAAUACCAUAGGAUGCUGGAUGCAAUCAGGAGGAGCCUUUGGUGGUUGCAUGACACCUCCGUGUGAAAUUGGUCACUUCUUUUUAAGUUGUGUCAAAGUGCAGACCACUUGUCUAUAUGAACUAAGCUUCAGACUUGGACAUUAUACAGGUUAAGAGUGAAUCACAGUUUCGUAGGAAGAUCUGACUGGAAAAAAAGGACUAAAAAAUGUUAAGCCAGAGCCCUCUGGGAAUCUGGUGCCUUUAACAAGAACUGUCAUUUUGUAAAAUGUUACAGCUAGAGCAUAGCCCUUAUGUUUUCUAUUGUUUUUUUUGUACAGUUGUAAAUUCAAAAUAUUCUGUCUUUGGGUACGUAUUUUCAGUGUAAUACAGUAUGUAUAA